AUGUCCAAAAAAUUAAAUUUGUUACCACCAGAACCAAUACAGUUAUUAGAUGAUGAAACAAUUGAAGAUGAUAUCGGACUAAACAACAAUAAAGUUCUCAAUCCGAAUAAAAUAGUGAAUUAUGAAACGUAUAAUUGUAAAAUAAAUUCGAAUUAUGUAUUUUCAAAAGUCUUUGUGGGAAAUUCUACUUUAGUACGUGGGGAUAGAAAUGGAACUGAAUAUAUAGUCUGGAGAAUUACUUUAAUAUUAAAACCUCAAAGGGAACUUUCUAAUAAAAGAGAUAAUAUUGUUAUAGCUUCACCUCGGUUUGAUAUAUAUAAAAGAUAUUCAGAAUUUGAGAAAUUUAGAAAUGAUUUAAUUAGUCAUCUGAACUUAUUAAAGAAACAAGAUCUUCCAGAGAAUGUGAAAAGGAAAUUAAAUGAUGUAAUAAUUCCUAAAUUACCUCCUAAAGUUCCUUGGUAUAAUUUAUGGGAAUAUUAUGAAAUAAAUUUAGACCCCAAGUGGUUACUGAAAAGACGUAAAGGGUUGGAAUUUUUUUUAAAUUCUAUCUUCCUGAAUAAAGUUAUAGUUAAAUUAUGUAGAGAUAUUAUUAAAUCAUUUAUUCAAACUAUAUAA